UUUUACUCGAAAUACCUCAUUGCGCGCAACUUCAUCCGAGAAGCUCGUUCGAAUACCGGUAAUUUUGUCGGCCGUUCGAGUGAAAUGUAAAUUUUAUGCCGCUAUUAAAGUCGACCCUGUCGUCCGUCGCGGCCAGCCUUUCCAUCGUUCAUUCCACGCGCUGCCUUUACGAACCAUCUUUGCCCCCAAAACUGCCCCUUUUCACCCCAAACCUCUCACGAUUACAUAAUACACGCAGCGAUUUAUUUUUCUCUUUACGAUACCUCUGCUACUCGGGUUCCUCGCAUCCGCGCCAUUUUGUGUACUGCUAGCGUAGCACGCGGACCUCGAACAACCGUGCAACAUUGUUCCGAGGGAAUUCCCUAACCUAAAAAUUAUCAUUUAAUUCAAAUUUGCGUGCACGUGAAGCGUAACCACCCUAACGUGAAGUGAAAGCGGAGAAAUUUCGACUUUCUAUUUGAAGAAGCUCGCUCUGUCCGACGCCACUGUACACUCGCAUUUAAGGGAAACUGUGAUUGGACUGCAACUUUGAGUGACUAUUUCAUCCACGAACAGAGACAUAACAAUGUGGUUUACGUGGAGGGCUGUGCUUCUGCUCGUAACAUUAAUCUACAUCACAAGAGAAGGUGAUGCAAAUGAGUGCGCGCCUCGCAGUUUCGGCGAAAAUAGGAUCGUAUGUGUUUGCAACGCGACUUACUGCGAUGACACGCCAGAUAACGACCCAAAAGUUCUCGCGAACGGAACCGUUUACUGGUACGUGUCUAGCGAGGAAGGACUCAGGAUGCAAAUGUCAUCGGCACAUAUCGGUUCCUGUUCAGACUCGAACUCCGUGGUUCUCAACAUAAAUACCGCGGAGAAAUAUCAGACGAUCCUCGGGUAUGGCGCUGCUUUCACGGACUCGGCAGGAAUACAUAUUAGCAGUCUGAGUCAGCCUGUCCAGGAACAACUACUUCGGUCAUAUUUCGAUUGGACCGGAAGCAGGUACUCGUUAGCCCGGAUCCCAAUCGGUGGAACUGAUUUUUCCACGAGACCUUACACCUACGAUGACGGAAAUGCCGACCCGACGUUGCAGAACUUCAGGCUUGCUCAGGAAGAUUACAAGUAUAAAAUACCAUAUGUGAAAAAGGCUGUCAAACUAAACCCCAAUGUGAAAAUAUUCAGUGCCGUGUGGUCACCGCCAGCUUGGAUGAAAACGAACGACCGUAUCAAUGGAUCAGGCUUCCUGAAGACUGAAUAUUAUCAAGUUUAUGCCGACUACAUAGUGAAAUUCCUCGAAGAGUAUAAAAAGAACGAUCUUGACGUCUGGGCAGUUUCAACAGGCAACGAACCCAUGGAUGCGUUUGCGCCUGGUAAUCGCCUCAACUGUCUGGGAUGGAUACCGGAAACCCAGAGGGAAUGGAUCGCUAAUAAUUUGGGCCCAACUUUAGAGAAUUCUAAUCACAAUAAAACACUAAUCCUUUAUUUGGAUGAUCAGAGAUUGUUCAUACCUUGGGAAGUAAAUAAAGUCUUCAUGAAUAAAAAGGCCAAGGAUUACGUCAGUGGCAUAGCUGUACAUUGGUACACAGAUUUUAUUGUUCCUCCAACUCAGUUAGAUAAAACACACGAUCUCCAUCCAGAAAAAUUUAUUCUCAUGACUGAAGCAUGUACAGGAAGCGAAUUUUUCGAGGAGCGAAAAGUUAUUUUAGGAUUAUGGGAGAGAGGAGUGAUUUAUAUUUUAAGUAUAAUACAGUACAUGAAUCAUUGGGGUGUCGGUUGGGUAGAUUGGAACAUUGUUCUGGACCAAUCAGGUGGACCAAAUUGGAUUAAAAAUUACGUCGAUGCUGCCAUCAUUGUAAAUGCAGAAAAGGAUGAAUUUUAUAAACAACCGAUGUAUUAUGCUAUCAAGCACUUCAGUAGAUUCGUCGCGCGAGGCUCCGUUAGAGUUUCUAUUUCCGAAGCUCUCAAUAUUGAAGCCACAGCCUUUGUCACACCCGCAGACGAAGUCGUUGUUGUUGCUUAUAACAAGAACCCUCUGGCGACAGACGUUGUUCUAAACGAUCCAAACAAAGGACCUAUUUGCUUGGAAUUACCUGCGCAUUCCAUGAAUACUGUGAUUUAUGCGAAAUAAUGUUUGAAAUUCGCGUAAAAAAUACUAAAAUGUGUAUUGAAAACAGAAUGUAUCGCUCUAUAUGAAUUGUGCAUGUAGUAUAUAUAUAUUAUAACGCAGAUAAAACCUGUCAGUGACUGCUCCA